CGCCUCAGUCUCGUCCCACCCCAACUCUCUGUCAGAGCGCGCCGUUGACACUCACUGGCCACUGAGCAGCCCACUUUGUCGGGGUUUGUGUCUCCAUCCAAGACUGCAGAAAAAGACGCUCCUUCUCUCGCAUUGUCUUUCAUUAGCAAGUCGAGCACACGCGCGCUAACACAGCCACUCAAAAACAGCCCCCCCCCCAAAAAAAGAAGCCUUUAAGUCAUUUCCUAGACGCAUCACUGUCUUUCACCGCCCUGCACAAUGUCUGGAGAAGACGCACCUGCCGAGCAGCAGCAGCAAAACGCCGUGGACCAGAAGCAGGAGACCAAACCCGCCGAGGAGCCCAAAGCUGAGCCGCCCAAGACGGAGUCGGCACCCGCCGCGGCCGCCGACGCCGCCGCCGACGCCGAUGCAACCGCUUCCCCGGCGGCGACCACCGCCGAGAAGGUCCCCGAAGAGGACACGUUCACCUACCGCGCGCUGGUGCUCACCGGCUACGGGGGCUACGAUAAAGUCAAGCUGCAGGUGAAGAAGGGCAAGCCCGUGCUCAAGGCCGGCGAGGUCCUGGUGCGGGUCAAGGCGUGUGGGCUCAACUUCGCGGACCUGAUGGCUCGACAGGGGCUCUACGACCGGCUGCCGUCCCCGCCGGUCACCCCGGGGAUGGAGUGCUCCGGGGUGGUGGAGGCUGUAGGGGAAGAAGUGACGGAUAGAAAGGUCGGCGAUAAGGUGAUGGUGCUGAGCCGCUUCGGGCUGUGGCAGGAGGUGGCGGCGGUCCCGGCGACCCACACCUUCCUCAUCCCAGAGGGCAUGAGCUUUGAGGAGGCAGCAGCCCUCCCCGUCAACUACAUCACGGCCUACAUGAUGCUGUUUGACUUCGGCAACCUGCGACCCAACCAAAGCGUCCUCGUUCAUGCUGCUGCAGGUGGUGUCGGUAUCGCAGCCACUCAGCUGUGCAGCACAGUGAAGGACGUGACUGUGUUCGGCACGGCCUCCGCCAGCAAGCACGAGACCAUCAGCCAGGGUGGGGUCACGCACCCCAUCGACUAUCGCACCAAGGACUAUGUGGAGGAAGUACGCAAGAUCAGCCCGAAAGGGAUGGACAUAAUUCUGGAUCCUCUCGGCGGAUCAGACACCCAUAAGGCCUACAACCUGCUGAAGCCAAUGGGCAAACUCAUCACCUAUGGUGCAUCCAACAUGCUAGCUGGCCAGAAGAAGAACCUGCUUGCUGUUGCCAAGAAUUGGUACCAUCAGUUCUCCAUCCACACGCUCAGCCUGAUCCAGGGGAACAAGUCCGUGUGCGGUUUCCACCUGGGCUACCUGGACGGGGAGACGGAGCUCAUCACCCAGGCCAUGAGCACCAUCCUGGAUCUCUACAAGCAGGGCAAGGUCAAGCCCCGCAUCGACUCCACCUGGCACCUUGAGCAGGUGGGCGAUGCCAUGAGAAAAAUGCAAGAAAGGAACAACAUCGGCAAAGUGAUCCUCAACACGGAGCCCAUGCCCGAGGAGGAGAAGAAGGAGGAACCCAAGAAGGACGACAAGAAGAAGGACGACAAGAAGAAGGACGACAAGAAGAAGGACGAUGGCAAGAAGGAGGAGAAGAAGGACGACAAGAAGAAAGAAGAGCCCAAGAAGGAGGAGAAGAAGGAGGAGGAGAAGAAGGAAGAGCCAAGCAAGGAGGAGAAGUGAGAGGGAGGGAGGGAUGGUCAAGCAGACCGGCAGGGAGUUUGUGUCCUGGGAGCAGGGGGUGGGGCGGGGUUAGGAUGGAGAUGGAUGGCGUGGUGAGGUUGGGGGUUGGAGUGCAAGUAGGAUUGGGAGGAGUUAGAAGGAGAUUACAAAAUGAUCACCUCUGUCGAUCGAUCAUUUCCCUCCACCUCCCCCUUGUGAGUCCUCGGUUGUAGUAAUUACGUAGGCCUGCUCCAGCCGCCCCCACCCGGUUCGCUAUCCUUUAUUUAAAAACAUUACUUGUAAUCCCUUGUAACGGCCAAACGUAUCUCUCUGCCUCGCAAGAUUCAGAAUCAUGUGUACUAUUGGAAAUGACAGCAACAAGAGAGCCAUGGAGGUGGACGUGGGUGUAUGGUCCAGGCUUGGGGCAAAUUACUGUUUCCUUGACAACCGUGAUCCCCGCUCGCACUCCGGCCCCACCCUCGUACCCUACGCCCUUCCACACAUCAACUCCCACUGUGCUAGAUUGUUCUGCUCUGACUUCCACCUGCCCCAACCCCCCCCCCCCCCCCCCCUCACUGUGCUGAGUCCCCUCCCCCUCACCCCCCACCUACUAUGCCACCACCCCCCCCCACCCACCCCCCCCCACACACACCCAACCGAUUCACGGGUUGGACCCACAGACAGGCCAUAAGACAGGCAGAUAAACGGAGAACCACACCCACUCAAACGUCGCUCUGUCAGUGUCCGAUGCUGAUUAAUGUCACUGAGGAUGACUCAGAGAGGCCUGUGAUUGGCCGAUGCACUGCUGCAGCAUUCCAGGAAAUAUUUGCAUCAAUUUCAUGAUCAUGAUGCGUUAUUUAUUACUUACUACUUGGACCAAAACAUUUCAAACCGUUCCCAUCCAAUUUCAAUGAAGUUUAUUAUAGUGACUGCAGUUUUGCCCCUGCCUGAAUAUGAAUUUCCUUCAUAAUGAGCCCUUCUGUGCGGUGCUGAAGGGAGAGGCAGGAAUCAUUGCUCAGCUUCCUUCUCUUUAGUUACAAAUUUUUCUAGCUGACCAACUGUUGGCAAGAAGUGCACAGUGCCAAUUAAGAGAGAACUUGUUUCUGCUCAAACAAGCCACUAAUACACACCCUUACACAUUCUGAAUGUGAUGAAAGAGGCACUGUCAUGCUGAGGCAGUGAAGCGGCUGAAAAGCGCAAGUUAGGAAGGUGAAUAUCGGCCCUUCUUCCACCGCAUGGGGCUUUCUGCCUCCCUGAUCCUCCUUGAGGCAUUCCAUGCCAUUCUGCUCCUUUCCACAGCGACCGUCCGCCUGUCGAUCACCCUGACCCGAGAGAGGAGAAUUUAAUUCAAGCCGGCGUCCGUACUUUGCCUCCCCUGCCUGUCCCUACUCAACACUCUCGCUCCCUCCUCUUUCCAUUUCCCCUCUCUAUGGUCGGCAUAGCAACAGGCGUCAGGCUCGUCAGAGAAGGCACUGUGGUCUGUGUCUCUGUCUCCCUCUCCCUGUGCUUCUCUGUUCAGCCUGUGGAGUCGAGCAGUGUCCCAACAAAUGUGAAUUGUACCGAUGGUUUUUGAAACGAGGAGAUGGAAAGUUUUCCAACGUUGUUAGCGUUGCACACACAAACGGUCCGUUCUACCCAGUGGAAGCGAGAUCGUGCGCCGGCGAUGUGUGCUGGCGAAAGACGGCGCUCAGCUCAGCCCCCCCCCCUCCCCCUCCCCCCCCCACUCGCCCCCCUUAUGGCCAAAGUGUGUAACGUAAUUAAAGUAAAUCCUUCGCAUUUGCGAUGGACUCUAAAUAUUUAGUGUUGGAGGAUAUCGAUUUUAACCAUAGAGAUGUAUCCACCUACCUGCCUGCCUGUCUGUCUGUGAGCCCGCCCUCAGUGUGGAGACUCAGAUGGUGACUAGUGACUUUGUAAAAAAAAAUUUAAAAAAAAACACAGAAAAAAUGUUUGAAAAAAAAAAAGAGAAAGAAACAAGUUGUUGUGUUAGCAUGAGUGGCCUCCCUCAUGUGCGGCGUGUGUUGUGCCAUUGUGUGUGAAGAUGUGUGUGUGUGUGUGUGUCCUCAGGUCUUAAAAGCACCCUCCAAACCCCUGCCACAUUAACCCCUCACACUACUCUGCUACAAUAUUAUGUAGCUCCACCUGCAACAC